AUGACAAUAUAUCGUGGAAUAUAUAUUCCUGUAAAUGGUCCUCCGGAAGUAAAAAGAAUUAAUAAUACUAGUGAAGAAAUCUGUCGCCUACUAGAAUGUACCAAUAAUCAGCAUAUUACCAUUUGCGACUUGGAUAAUUAUGAUCUUGCUAUAUUAUAUGAUGAUGAUGGUUAUGCUAAAUCUUUACCUCAGAAUCCAUUAGCGACUCGUCUUAUAUAUCAACGAAUGGGACGGGAUGAUUUACCACCAAUUCGAGGGCCUGUUGUAUUAGUUGACGAUUACAGAAAAUUAUCUCUCAAAGAUCUUCGUAAAUUAUUAAAAAUACCCUAUAAUAGGGAGCGGAUUGAAAACGCCAGUAGGAAAAUGUUAGAAGAUGUACAGGCUUUUUUGAAGCGACAGCAAGAUACUAAAGAUUAUACUUUGGAUGCGAAAUGA